GGGUGCUGGUGCUGCUGGCAUGUCUACGGCCUACCAUUUAUCACAACAUCCCAACAAAUUUGAUGUUACAUUGAUUGACGCCGUCGACUACUGCGGCGGACAAGCGUUCUCAAUCCCAUUAGACAAGAAAUACCAUGGCGCUUCGUGGUGCAAUCAGGGAGUUCAGGGUGGCUCCUACAUUUUCCACCAUACGUUGACCAUGUUUCAUCGACAGGGUUUCCACGCAGACCCUGUAAAUCUCCAGGUUUCUUUCGGAAAGGAUGACAUUUUCUGGUCCAAUGUAUUCCCCACGAAACUUCUAGCGCGGCAUCAGAGAGAAGUUAGACGCUUGCCAACGAUAUUGAAGGUGAUGCGUUGGUUCGAGAUAUUCUUCGCCCUACUCCCACUCAAAUUCGUCCUCAAGCUGUUCAGGUUCUCGGAGGAAUUCGCCAACACAAUUGCCCUACCCAUGACGGCCCUCUUCCUAGGUACCGGAAACGCGACCCCGGAAGUCCCCGCUAUCAUGUUCGAGCGCUUGUGCACGUCGCCGACGUAUGGCAUGUGGUAUGCCCCGGACGAAAACACGGUCGUUAGGAACCAACCGCCGAUGGUGGUGUUCCCCAACUUCUCCGAGUUUUACGAUGCUUGGCGGAAGGAUCUCGUAACGCGUGGCGUGACGGUUCGCCUAUCAACGGAGCUAAGGGAGAUCGUUGAGAGGAGUAAUCGCGGGGUGAUCGUUAAGCUCAAAUCACGUACUCCGGCGGAUGAUGGGCAUAAUCCUACUGGCGGAGACCCCGGUGCUCCGCUUAUUGAGGAGGUUUUCGAUGAGAUCGUGAUGUGCUGCUUGGCUGAUAUCGCGAAGAAGGUAUUGGGUAGAGCGGCUUCUUGGAGGGAGAGACGGGUGCUGGGGUCGGCUAAGUUUAGUGAUGAUAUUACGAUUACGCAUAAUGAUGCGGAUUAUAUGAAAAACCAUUAUGAGAAUUUUUAUCGCGGGGACUUAUCUGUUUCGAAGAUAAACGGUGUUGACCAGACUGAACGUUUGGACUUUGCGACGAAUAAUUUUCGGCCGAUGUAUUACAUUAAGAUGUACCCGGAGGAUAAGUCGAAGCUUGAGAUGUGUUUCGACACGACGAACUACCAGAGCCAGUUUCCGGAUAAGGCGCCUUUCGAACAACAUGUUUUCCAGACCAUCUAUCUAAACAAAGACCGCGACAGGAAGUUGUGGACGGAUCAUGAGAUUAAGGAGGACAAAAUUAUUAGGAAGGAUUGCUGGCAUCAGCUGUGCCACAGCUACACACAUUACCUGUUCGUCGUGCCAUGGAUGAUGUUUCUCCAAGCCAAGAACCACACCCGCUUCGCGGCUGCCUGGACCCUGGUCAACGCCCACGAGGUCGCAGUCAUGUCUGGUAUAGCGGCGGCCGUCGAUCUCGGUGCCGAGUAUCCGGCGGACCUCGAACAUGACAAGUUUGCGUUUCUCUGCUUCCGGCUGUACUACCUGCUCAGUUACGGCAAGUGGUACAGACGCAGAUACACGAAGCAGCAGAAACAGAAGCAAGGUGAACCAAUUACGGAGGCCGCGAAACAGGGUAGUACCUGGGCGACGGGGUUAUACGGGAGUGUAUACGAGGGUCCCGGAGUAUCCAAGACGGAGCGGCAGACGUGGAGGGAGGGGCUCAACAAGGGUACGAGUACAGACAACUUGGCCGAUUGCAACGCAUCCGGGCGGAGCCAACCUUGAUUAUUACUGGUUAGGCGGGAGGCCUCAGUCUAGUCUUUACAACUGGAGUUAACAG